GUCCAAUCCUCGACGAGCUCGGCGGCAAGCAAGUGCAAAACAAGUACCAGGUCUGCGUUGUGCAGGAAACGCACUGGUCAGCCAGCUCAGAAUACUUCUCGGGAAAGUGGGUGUGCGUGCACAGUGCGCCGGCCCCCACCGAAACCACCACCGACAGGUAUGCUGGACUGCUCAUCCUGCUGUCGCGAGCCUACUUCCAGGACCCGGCUGUGCAUGAGGUCAUCGGCGGCCGCGUGGUGCACGUUAGAGCUAAACCCAAACAUUCGGAUGUUAGUCUUGACAUAGUUGCUACUUAUCAGCACGUUUGGCGCAGCCAAUUGUCCACACAGGACAACUCCCGGCUAAGGGAUUCGGUUUGGGAUGCUCUUGAUGCCACUCUCAGCUCUCUGCCUUCUCGCGAUAUCCUCUUUGCAUGCGGGGAUUAUAACACCAAUCUGAGGCCGCAGCACCCACAUGUGGGAAAUGCUGUGGGGCCAGUCACCAGUGCAAGUACGCUAGACAGUAGAAUGCCUCAGCUGCUCGUCCAUCACGACCUAUGCGCGCUAAAUAGCUGGCACGCGCGGCCGAUGCACACAUACUAUGGCCAUACCGGCUACUCGCAAAUCGAUUACGUCAUUACCCGUAGGAACGUGGCCACGGGGAACAGCCGCCAGGCCCGUCCCUUGCAUCAAUUUCCGGUCGCAGGGUGGCGUUUAGCCGGUCACCUGCCUAUUGAGGCUCAGCUACCAAUGCUUCCAGUGCACUGGCGACCAGGUCGCCCCCAGCGCAGCGCGCCGCCUGUUGAUAAAGCCCGACUGCUCGAGGCUGCCACCAGCUGCAAUGAGGAUGCGGUGGCCUUGCAAACCCUGGUUGCUGCAAAGCUGCAGGAUCUUCCCGUCACCGACCCGCAUGCCCUGCAUACCCGUGUCAAUCAGAUACUGCAGCAAUGCGUGCGGCAGGUUUUUCCUCCGCCUCAAGCUACGGAUGGCCGUGUCAGCGCCCAAGCGCCUUUCCGUGCCUCAGCCAAGCAUACCUGGCGCCUGUAUGCCUUGCUGCGUAGGCCACGCGUGGCCACCAUUGCCGCCAUGCUCCACAAAUGGAAGCUGCAUCUGGCAUUCGCCCGGGCCUCCAGAGCUCUCCGUCAGCAAAGCAAGGAUCUCAAGCGAGCUGCAUUUACCAGCAAAUUGAUGCAGGCCGAGGAAGCGGCCCAACGGGGAGAUCAGCGCACCCUGUUCCAGAUUGUCCGGUCCUUAACUCCUUCGCCGGGGCGUGCAUUCUCACGUCUCCGUAAUGAUGAGGGGCAGCUCCUCAGCAAAAGUGCCGAAGUCCUGGCCUUGGUAGAACAGGGCAAGACCACCUAUGCCCAACAUAAUGACCAACCUCUCAGUGACUCCCUCCAAGAGGCUCUGAUUCUCACAGAUGCCGAAAUCACUGUGCAACUCGAGGCCACCAAAGCGGCCAAAGCUGUCCCCAGUCACCUGGCACCAGCCGCAGCCUGGAAGCUUUGUGCGUCAUUGCUUGGUCCAAUUUUCGGCGCUUCCUUUCGUCAUCACUUCGUUCAAGGAUCGUCGGGCCACUUGCACGGAGACCUCACCGACGCUCAGAUGGUCAUGUUGCCCAAGGUGGGGAAAUCCCCACACAUCCUGGGAAAUCUCAGGCCCAUCGGACUCAUGGGACCGCCUUCCAAGGCCCUGGCCGGGGCCCUACGUGACCGUAUGCUUGAACAGCUCACCCGGCUCGUUACCCAGCGUCCACAGUUCGCAUACACGGCGGGGCGUGGCACCUUGAACGCCCUCAUCCGCAUUCAUCUGCACGUGGCCGAGGCCACCGCACUUCUCCGCUCUCAGCACAUCUCAAGAUUCGGCAUGCAUGCUGGCAGGCGGCCACUGCCCCUUGCGGGCGCACUCAGCCUGUCUCUUGACCUGAGUCGAGCAUUUGAUCUGGCGGACCGUUGUAGCAUCUAUAGCACACUGGAAAAGUAUCAGGUUCCACGUGCUGUGAUCGAUGUGGUGCAGCGCCUCCACACGGGUGCGCAGUUUGUCUACCAGGCGGGGGCCCACUCCGCGGCUUUUGUUCCCACCAACGGCCUCAAGCAGGGUUGCAAAAUAGCCCCAUGCUUGUGGGUGUGGUAUACCGUUGCCUUGUUCGAUACUCUUGAGGAGCGGCUCUCAGAAGCCUGGGUGCGGCACACCCCCACCAUGUUUGCAGAUGAUUGCUGGGCUCAUUGGAUCAUCAAAUCCUCUAGUGACCUUCAGCGUGCCCUCAAAGAAUUGCAGAUCCUUCUGUGCACCCUGGAAGACUACAAGAUGCGCAUCAACUUCUCGAAAACAGCCAUCUUGUUAAAACUGGUCGGAAAACAGGCUCAACAGGCCCUCCGGGAUUGCACGCGCCUCAAACAGGGAAUCCCCCAUCUCGUUGUGUCAGUGCACGGCCGCACUCAGCUCAUUCCCAUCAAGGCAGAACAUGAGUACUUAGGAUCGAAAGUCAGCUAUCACAACGUGGCUGAUCGAAACCUGGACCAUCGUCUGCAGGCGGGCCAGCUCCGCUACCACUCCAUCCAGAAGUCCCUCACGGGCCGGCAUGCCAUCACGCAGGCGCACCGCAUCCGACUGUGGGCAGCUUGUGUUUUUACUAGUACCGCAUACUCUCUCGCCGCAGUAGGCAUCACCGCGCAAGGGCUGCAAAAGUGGGAAACCCGUGCCCUCAAGCACUUAAGAGCCAUUAUGCGGAAACCCGCGCAUCUCACCCGAGUUACAAACGCUGCCAUCUGGCAACAGGCGGGAUUGCGCAGACCGGGGGAGCAACUCCUGGACCAGAUCCAACAGGCACGAGCCAAACUUGAGAUCAAGGCCCGGAUGACACCGGACAUCACCACCGAUGCAGGAGUGCUGCGCUACCUGCACCAGCACGAGGUGCACCUGCGCCUCCUACUCCAGCGCGAGCAGGAUCGUCCCUCUCAACCCACGCCCGCCCUGCAGCAUGCCUGCCCACACUGUGAGGCCGUCUUCUUGACGGAGCACGCGCUCCACAUUCAUUGCGGCGUCAAGCACCCAACUCCCACCGGGGAGGCCGGCAGAUCCGACCGGAAAUACACUUUUGAUCCUGCCCAGCAUUCGGUCGGUGGACUUCCACACUGCAGGGCCUGCGGCCGUAAAUUCACGAAGUGGCAGUAUCUCAAGCACCACAUUGAGGUGGAAUUGCGAGCGGAGCUCCAACCGCCUACACAGCCACCGCCGGCGAGCCAAGCGCCGUCGAUGCAAAAUCUGCCUCUUGUUCAGAACUUCAGGCUCAUUGCGUGCUGUGCCACUUCUGGGACAGUGUCACAAGCAUCUGCAGAUCAUUUAAAAGCCAGCUCAGUAGCGGUAGGUAUUGCCAGCAACAGGCGGCCUGUGAUGCCGAGCGACCUUCUCAUGGCUCAGGACAGCCAGGGCCUCAAUCCGGAGGCGGACAUCUUCAGGUAUGUGAACUUCAAGAACGUCACCUCCCAGCGAGGCCAGGGGAGCGAGGCCUCGGAGAACCAGCCCAACAAAAGGCCACGCCCGGAGCAGACAGCAACCCGACCGCGACGUCAUCCCAAACCAGCUGGGCGACCUUUUGGGGCGGGCGCGCUCGGGCCACAUCAGGACACCAUCAGGACACUCACCAAGGUCGUCAUCCGCCAGGAGGACCAGUUGGCCGAGUUGCGUGGCGACAAAGGCUUUUGUCUUUUUCUCCGCGAGGAUCCGGAGGUGAGCAUCAUACCGGCGCUCAUCCAGAUCUCCAAGGAUUGGCAUGCACGUCAGGAAGCCCGCGACUCGAUGCUCAAAUCCCCGCUGCGGACGCUGCUGAUGGCCUGCCUCAUCCGCCGACUGCGGGAACUCAUGGUACUCAUGACCUCCACACCGGAGUCGGUGAAGAAGCUUCAGGCAGCAGACUGGAUGAAUCAGGCGGAGGAAUGGACCUACUUCAAGUGGAACCACCAGGAAAAGAAGCUCGUCCGGGAUGUGGACAAAGAGGCCAUAGCACAGCCGGCGCUGCUAGAAAAGGUGGACUACCUGCUGGCGAACCUCCGGGGCGAUGUGGUCCAGAAGUUCACCUCCCGUCCCCGGCUUUACGAGAUGGAGGACACCAACGCCACGACGGCGACCUUCUUCCUUUCCAUCUCCCUGCGAGGGCCGGUGGCGCAGCAGGUGCACGAGCACCUAGUGCAGCUGAUCGGGGUAUCGGCGCUGAUGUUGGUGGGGGCCUCCCUCAAGAGGGAGCUGCCGCGAAGGGCGGCGAUAGUGCAGCAGCUGGCGGAGGUCGCUUCGACAGGGGUGUCAACAUGGAGCAGCCGUGCUAUCUCACCUUCGGGUGAG